UCCUUGUUUUUAGAAAAUGAUCAGAUCUCGAUUGCUCUCAAUGUACUGACUUAAAUUACCACCACUCGCUACAAUCGCUGGCGAACGGCGAACGGUGUUAUUUAUAAACAGUUAUAAUAUAGUGCAAUAAGGAAGGAGUAUGCACGCUGCAACAGGCCAAGGUUUUUUAGCGCCUAAAGCACAAGAAUACACGUGGAAGAGACAUGUGACCCGUUGAAAGGUGUUUUAUCAACUUACCAACUUUAGCUCAACUUGAAAAUGGGAGUACACGGCCUGACAUCAUAUAUACGAAAGAAAGGGGAUAAGUAUUUUUGCGAUUACAGGUUGCAUGACACCAAAUUGAUAAUUGAUGGUUCAAAUUUGAUUUACUUCCUCUACAGUCAUUUUCAAGUUUCAAGUCAUUUCGGUGGCGACUAUGACGAUUUCGCCGAAAUAUGUAAGGACUUUUUCAACACUUUGUCAAAAUGUAAUGUUACACCAAUAGUUGUUUUUGAUGGAGCAGACGAUCCGAACGAUAUGAAACUAUCAACAGUUUUGCAACGUAUGUUUAAACAACUUAGACGAGUUGAUGCAAGAAAAGGCGUCUUACCUCUAUUGUCAAUGGUGACUCUUCGUCAAGUUCUCGUGGAGCUAAAAAUAGCACAAGUGGCUUGCCUGUUCGAGGCUGAUAGAGAAAUUGCUGUUCUUGCAAAUAAAUUGAAAUGCCCAGUAUUAAGCGACGACAGUGAUUUUUUCGUCUUUAAUUUAGACUAUGGUUCUAUAUCCAUGGGCGCGAUGGCUGAGUCGGUUCCAAGGCGAAUCGUCGCACAGGCUGCCGGUAAAAGCGAUUACUACUUACCAGUCCGGCUGUAUAAAUGUCAAACCUUCUUGAUGGAAGAGUUCGGGAUAGAACGAGAUGAAUGCAUCUUUCCUGUGUUCGCCACAUUGAUCGGGAACGAUUAUUUUGAUCCUCCAGAAAUCACCAUUACUUCGCCUAAACACCCGAGCAACCAGUUGUACAGCCCUGCCAGGGAUCCAGAGAUAAUCGCAGAUUGGCUGCGCAGGGCUGAGUUCGAAAGCGGUAAUGAAGCUUGUGAACACAUCUCGGAACAGAUGCCAUAUGAAAAGGGAAAACAGUUUAAAGAAUCGGUUAAGUCGUAUAGUGAUAUCAAAGACUUUGCUUUAAUUGAUCUGGAAAAAUUCCUUCCACGCAAUAAGGGGUCUGUGGAAAGAAAAUGCGUUUAUUUAGACGGAAACGAUGUAGAUACUUAUGAGACAGGAGAGAAAGAAGCAGAAGAAACUGGACACACGAUAUUAACAGACUAUACUGGUAAACGUCUGCCCUCCUGGUUUCUAAUAGGUCUAAUUCGUUGUGAAAUAGAUUGCACAUUUUUACUUAAUGCUGCAGUGAACCACAGGCUCAUUUUCAAAGCGCAGAUGGAAAUAUUGUCAGAACGAACGUCCUAUGCAUGCUCUCAGGUUAUUCGACGUCUGAUUUAUCGAAUAGUUACCGGCUCUGUAGACCCAAACGACCGUGACAAACAAAGUAAGAACGGUUACAUUGAAGAAUAUGACAGAGAAACGGAACCAUUCCUUGUUGAACCUGUCGAUGAGCUUCCAGAUAUAACAGAAAUACCGAGUCUUGAGAAUAUUCCACAAAUGUCGAGGAAAGAAAAGCUUAAGAUAUUUAUUGCUGCUUUUGGAAGUAGACCAGACUCUAUUGACCAGUCUCUAGAUGAGACAUCGCAAUUAUUUGUACUUGUGUUACGCGCGUGGAUGAAGAAUUCCAAACCAAAAGUCACAGAAUGCCACCUUACUGUUUUGAUCGUUGGUGUUAUAGCAUUGCAUGCCUUUAAAUUGGAUCAGAUACCCACGAAAUCCUCGUACACUGUCGAAACAGAGCCACCUGUAUUCAGAGACAUAAAGAAUGCAGUCAAUGAAAAGAAAAUAGUAAAAUUCAUUAAGAUUCAGUUGCGGAAGCACUUUAGCACACCUCGGGUUUCAUUGGAUAGUCCCGGAGUUAUGGAAGUUGUGCAUGCAUUUGUACAAUUUCAGACAUGUUACCUGUAUACGUUUUACUUAAAUCAAGUUCUACAAAGCCCUGUGCGUAUCCCACGUCCAAGCAUGGUACUGAACUGUACAUUUUUGUACAAUUUCUACCGUCAUUUGCAGAGCAUAGAAGAUCCUGGCAAACAUAUAGACUCCUUACUUGGGAAAGGUUCGGCCAUCCAUAGUUUGUUUCACAACUGGAAACAGUCGGCGAUGGACAUAAACUGACUCAUUGACUCGCAAAAUAAAGUUACUUUUGCAGAAAAAAAUGAACGGCAUGGUAAUUGAAAAUAGGUUUUUUUUUCUAAAUGAUAACACAAGAAAGUUGUAUCUUCGUCAAAAUUAUUUGAAUUAAUUUUUAGUUUGUCAUCAACAAAAGUACGCUGAUAAUGCAAUAUAUCCAGCAUAAAUUCUAAUAGGACUAAUUGCUAUUUUCGUCAAAACGACUGGGUACAUUUCAUAUUUUAGUCUCCAUUAUGGUAAACAAAUUCAUUUUCGCAUAAUUAUGUUCUUAAAGUUAAAUUUUACCAGUUUUUAUAUACAUGUAGAUUUCUAUAUAUAUUAAGAAUAUUUCCAGAUUUGUUGAAAACUUGUUUAAAAACAUAACUCUAUGGGUAUGUGUACUAUGUUCCUAAAACUCUGAAUAUGAAAUACCAACUUUAUAACUUUAAAUUGUCAUAUGUAAAUAACCAUCACCAUGUAACCAAUAGUAGUUAUUCUUGUUGGGCUUUAUUUGUCUUUAUUUGUUGCAUUUCUUAACACAUUUAUCAGUAAUUACAAGUAAAAUUGUUAAUUCAUCAUGUUUAACGACAUAUAUGCAUAUAAAACAGAUAAAAUUAAUAAUCACAAAAAUAUGGAAAUAGUGCACUAAAUAUAGUGCGUAUUGGACCCGUAACCGUACUCGGCAAUUUCCGUUUGAUUACGUAUUCGAUAUCGGCAUUUCCUGGUGGUACAAUACUAAACUGGUAAUCAAGCAGCACUUCCAGCCUUGUCAGGAUCUGGUACUAAUUCUCUUUUGUUUUCCUAGUUAAAGUGGCAUGUUCAUGUUGUAUGUAGCCAUUUCCUGUUUUUAUUUCAUUGUGGGCCAAUACUUGACAUUUUUAAUAGCAUUUUCGGGGAGAUUUUUUUUUUGGCAUUUAUAGAAAUAUAAACAAACAUUACAACACAUGUGUUCAGACCCACAUUUUAUCUAUAGCUUUUGUUUGGAGUUGACCUGUCAAACAAAACAUUUCUCUACGAAGAUUCAUUACCACUAAUUUUCUUGGUGUAUUUUUUUGUGGUUUGUAGGUCAUUUAAGAUCAUAAGGCUAGUAAUCAUUUUUAAAAUGGCCCUGGCUAUGUGUUACAGCUCUAAGAAGAUUGUUAAUUUUAUAUAUAAAAAAACCAACACAGAUUUAUAUACUACUGUGUAUCUUGGUAAGGAACGAUAGCAACAGAAAUGGCCGAAGAAUGCCGUAGUAUAAUUUGGAGAUUACGUAAUCGCAAGGACAUUGCCGAGCGUCAUUAUGUAUGCACCACCUUAAAAACUACGGUUUGUUAAUAUUUCAUUUUAGUAUCAUUCUUUGUGAUUCUAUUUCUUUCUGCACUAAGUGAUUUACAAUGCAUGCACGAAUAAUCAUUGAAAUAUUGCUUGGCAACAUGAACAAUAUAUACUGUUAAGAUUGUCAAAAUGGUCAUGAAUUUUCGAAUAACUUAUUCGAAAAUUCAUGACGAUUUUGACAAUCUUAAGAGCUGAAUAACUUUAUGAAAUAUUCAUUUUGACUUUAAUACAAGUAUCCAGUUAUGUUAGUUUGUAAGAUACUUUAUUUUUUCUUCCAACACACAACAUUAAUAAUUUAAGAAACAAGAAAGAAUCUAGAUCGAAAUUUUAAGGUUUUUGUUAAAAUGGAUAACUUGAAUUGGCAGUCACACUAGUGACAUUUUCUGAAAUCGACUGCCAUUUAGAAAAUGAUCAGAUCUCGAUUGCUCUCAUUGUAAAGCUGACUUACCACCCCUCACUCUCUCCAAUGCAAUCUUAACAGUUAAAUAACUUUAUGAAAUAUUCAUUUUGUCUUUUCAUAAGAAAAAGGAACUACAAUGUGUCAUAGUGGUGAAAUGUAGAAUAUAUCUUACUUACUUGUGCAUAUAUCAUGACUACACGUGUGUAAAUGUAUUAUCACGCUUAUUAAAUGGCCAUUAGUUCUA